AUGAAUAUGACAUUCGCAAGAGUGAAGCAAGGCAUCACUAAGUUGAGGAAGUUACAUUUCCUCCCUGCUUCAUCAAAUACUCACCGGUAUAAAUCUUUGAGCGCUAAGACCGGGGUAUCGCAUGACGAGGAGUACACACAUAUCAUUGUUGGAGCAGGGUCUGCAGGAUGUGUUCUGGCCAACCGUCUCUCUGCCCAACCUAACAACAAAGUUCUACUUCUUGAAGCUGGACCAAGGGAUAACUCGCCGACGAUUCAGAUGCCAUCAGGCUGCAUAAUCGAUGUCGGUCGCAAAACCCACAACUGGUAUUAUCACACAGUACCUCAAAAGAAUAUGAACAACAGGAAAAUGUAUUGGCCAAGGGGUAAGGUUCUUGGUGGCUCCUCCUCUAUCAAUGGGAUGGUCUAUAUGAGAGGCCAUGCUGAUGACUACGAUAGGUGGGAGAAAGAGGGCGCUAUAGGGUGGUCUUACGCAGAUUGUCUGCCAUACUUCAAACGUGCCCAGUGUCAUGAGAAAGGCGAGAACGAGUACAGAGGAGGGGAUGGUCCGCUUUACGUGUCCAGUGGUAAAUCCAAAAACCUUCUCCUAGAAACCUUCGUUAAGGCGGGUAUAGAAUGCGGAUAUCCGUACACACACGACAUGAAUGGUUAUCAGCAAGAGGGAUUCGGAUUCCUGGACACGACCAUACACAAGGGAAGACGGUGGAAUACAUCAAAUGCAUACCUUAAAUCAGAGGAUGUCCGAAAGAGAAUUAAUCUGAAGAUCCAACCGCAGGCAUUAUGCGAGAAAGUUAUUUUUGAAGGGACAAAAGCGGUAGGAAUAGAGUUCACCUGUAAUGGCAAAAAGAAAGUAGCAAGAGCAUCACAUGAAGUGAUUCUGUCCGGUGGAGCAGUGAAUUCGCCACAGUUGCUAAUGUUGUCUGGAGUGGGGGACGCAGAUGAACUUGAAGCGCUCGGUAUCCCGGUAGUUGUACAUCUUCCUGGAGUAGGACAGAAUCUCCAAGACCAUCUCCAGCUUUACAUAUCUUAUGUCUGUACGAAGCCCGUUUCUCUCUACAUGCCCAAAUGGAAAAUGCCUCUAGCGAUGAUUUCAGCUGGUCUCCAAUGGCUCAUGUUCAAGACGGGGGAUGCUACCACAAUUCAUUUAGAAGCAGGCGCGUUCAUAAGAAGCCACCCUGGGGUAAACCAUCCUGAUGUCCAGAUGCACUUUGUGCCGGCGAUAAUGUAUGAUCAUGCUCAAACACCUGGGACCUGUCAUGCAUUCCAAGUUCACGUCAAUACUUUGAGGGAAACCAGUCGAGGCUUCGUCAAGCUUAAUUCCCCUGACCCAAAAGAACAUCCCCUUAUUGAUCCCAACUACAUAGACACUGAAAUCGACCGGAGGGACCUGCGGGAAAGUAUUAAGAUCACUCGAAAAAUCAUUGCGCAGACUGCCUUUGAUGAAUUCCGUGGGGAAGAAUUACGACCAGGUUCGUCUACCCAGAGUGAUGCUGAACUCGAUGCUUUUAUCCAAGCCAAAGCAGAGACUAUCUACCAUCCGUGUUGCACCUGCAAGAUGGGCUCUGAAGACGACCCAAUGGCUGUCGUUGACAGCUCUACCAGAGUGUUUGGUGUGGAAAAUCUAAGAGUAGUUGACGCGUCUAUCAUGCCAAGUAUAGUCAGUGGAAAUACCAACGCUCCCACUAUCAUGAUUGCAGAGAAGGCAGCCGAUAUCAUCCUAGGUGAUAAAGCUCUUGAGCCAAUCAAUGUUCCUGUCUGGAGACCCGCAUCCGAAGAAACACAGAUGGAUGUCAAACCUUAGGUUAUUCUUUGAAGUUUGGGAAGUAUUUUCUGAGUCAAGCCUUUUUCAUGUUCUGAUGAUAUUAAUUUGCGCACUUGGCCUUUUGCGAAGGGGGGGGGGGGCGGAUGCCUUUAUUUUUCAAACCAAAAAUAUACCUUACAUCCAUAUCAAUAAGUUACUCGUCAUCUUGAUUCACUUAGUUUCUCUAUUUUGCGAUAAUACUCCCUUUUUCAGAGCAUGAGAAUUACAAUCAAGCUGAUACAAAUCCCUUAUUCUAUUAAUAAAUAUGCUAUCUAUUAUCAAUAGCUUGAUAUUAUUUGUUUCACAUGCAAUCCCAUAAUCCUCCGAACUUUCAUUAAAUACUCGAACCCCUUAUUGCUUUUUCCUUAUCAUAUCAUGCCACUGGACUGCUGGAAGUCACCCGAGCUCAAAAACUUAAUCGAGUUUUAUUCAUUCAGCCCUGCAGAACACUGUCUAUUCAUAAAUUGUCAAAUUACAAAAUAAACUCGUAUUUUUCAUCGCAGUUUACCCUUAGGAGGCAUUUUAAAAAUAGUUUUUAUUAAAUUUAGGCAAACCAGAAAACGGCCAUUGACGAUAAUUGCAAUUCUUCUUCUGUGAUGCGGGUUUAGUUUCAACGACUUUGUUUAGUGUUUGUUUCUCACGUUAUCUUAAUUCACACUUCAUUAUUUCAGGCCUAUUGAUUUUCGAAUGAAAUCAUAAAGAGGCAUGUAGCAAAUAAUUUGAACAUCCAAGAUAAAUCAAGGUGUGAUGGAUUAUUUUGCAUAUUCAAAACAUUCACAUAAAAUGUCGAUCCACAAAUGAAAUUUGAAAUUACAUGUUCGGCAUUUUAGUGUUUAUUCCGCUCACAGGCUUUUAAAGUUGUUCGGGCUACAUUUUAUUUAAAUAGUGAAAAUUUUCUAGGUUUCAUAGAAAUGGAUACAUGGCACUCUUCAAUAGGGAGCAAGGGGCAACCGCCCUUGUGAUUUUUCCUGUAAUGAAUCAUAACUGGGGGAAAGAAGUAGAAAAGAGAGAGAGAAAAAAGUAUGAAAAAAAGAGUUUUGGGUCACGUACGUCACUAUACUACGUAGCCAUGUUAGCUAUUAAAUUGAUGUUGGUUGUCAUGCGCCCUUUCCUCUUAUAAUGUAUACUCUUGCAAUGCACCUUGCUUUCAAGUCUCAGUAAAUUCGAUCCCGUCCUCCGAAUAGAUCGUCAAACCUAGUUUCAGAGUUUAAAU